GUCAGAUUAUUGAACGUCUCUCAGCGAUAGCCCUUCCGAGCGUAUGGAAGUACAAUUACAACGUCCAUGAAGCGUAGACAUGCUACGUUUUGGAUCCAUGAGCGAGCUUGCAGCAGACAUAAUCUAUACAUGCAACCGGCAAAGACACCAAGCAGACCAGCUGAUAGCUGCAAGCUGAUCUGAUCAGUAGUCAGCAAGAAAUUAAAAAUACGAGGAAAUGUUCAUCGACCGUUACGGUUUUGCAUUUUCGGAAGGCGCUACAGUUCGUUGCUCAGACAAGAAUUCUUCCGAAGUCGCAAAGAAGCCUAUUCGAGCGCAAAACGCCACGGCUUACAGGGUGUGUGGAAGGGAUAAAACGUUUAGUAAGCACUUGUUCAAGCUGGAUAUUAUCUUAUCAAAAAGUGGUUUAAAGAAAAAGCGCAAAUUCCUAAUUGACAUUUGAUGAUCGUUCAUGUUUCAUCAAAUUGAGACAGGAUACUACCGCUUACAUUACUGUCCUUCGGCUUAAAGCAAAGGUUAGCUAUACUGGGUCUAGUGCCGUGGUGGGCCUGCCUCAAAUGCCCUUACAAUCUUAACUAAAAAUUUCAUUGAUAGCAUUCGCCACAUCCAGAGAUUCACUUAACAGUUUCUUACUUGUUAAGAAA